CACACCCACACACACAGAGAGAGAGAGAAAGACAUUGAAGAAAAACAGAGAGGCACAGCUCAGCAUCGCCUCCGGAAGACCGGAGCGGAGUCCCAUUCCCAUCCCAUGGCGAGUUCCCGGAGGAGCUCCGGGCUCUCCUCCGGUGCCGCAGCGCUGGGCAUUGCGCUGCUGGUCCUGGCCGCCAGCGCGGGCAACGCCGGCGCGUCGUACUACGGGGAGAUGAGGCGGCAGUUCCUGGCGCAGCAGAACGCGGCGCGCGCGUCGCUGGGCCUGGCGCCGCUGGCGUGGGACGAGCGCGUGGCGGCGUACGCGCGGGCGUACGCGGAGUCGCGGCGCGGGGACUGCGCGCUGGCGCACUCGGCGGGGCCCUACGGCGAGAACCUCUUCUGGGGCAGCGGCACCGGCUGGGCGCCCGCGCAGGCCGUCGCCGCCUGGCUCUCCGAGCGCCCCCGCUACGACUACUGGACCAACAGCUGCUACGGCGGCUCCAUGUGCGGCCACUACACCCAGAUCAUGUGGCGGAGCACCCGACGCGUCGGAUGCGCCAUGGUCGCUUGCUACGGCGGCAGGGGCACCUUCAUCACCUGCAACUACGACCCGCCGGGCAACUACGUCGGCCUGCGCCCGUACUGACACCGUUCCUUUCGUCGUCUGGCCGCCGCCGCCGGCCAGUGUCUCUUGCUGUCCCAAAUCGUUGCUGCUACGGUGCUACCACUAUGAUAUCGAGAUGACAUGACAAUGUGUACAAAUGUUGCCUGGCUACCGUUAUUAUACUUGCUAUUUACUACU